AAACAUCUGUGCUUCUACUCCGUUGACGCGGCUGUGACGAAUACUCUGGUAACGCUGCACACCGCUAUUUGGAAUGUCCCGCUCGCAUUGGUUAGUUGAACAGCUUGUGGUGAACGUAGAUUUCGUGUGGUUUUGCGUUAAUAGCUGAGCUUUAAGCGAAAUUACUUAAAACUCGGCUAUAUCGUAUGUAGUUUCCGAUGCGACAUUAAUCUGUCGCAAAUUCGCGACAACCGAUUGGUGUCAACGAUGGCAGCAGUCUUUGAUAUCGAGUUACAAGAUGCUGAGAGCUCACUCCCUCACAGAGACGAAUCGGAGGAUGACGAUGUUAUCGAGAUUAGUACGGAGUGUGACGCCGAUUUAAACGUGAAUGAGAUUGUUAACAGAUCAGACAGCUUGGAGACAGUCGCGAUAUCAGAACAAAAUGUCAAUCUUGGACGCGAGAGAGUUGGGCCACAAGAUUUCGAGUUGUGCAAAGUUAUUGGGAAAGGUGGCUAUGGCAAAGUUUUCCAAGUACGGAAAACAACUGGAAAUGAUAGUGGCACAAUUUUUGCUAUGAAGGUUUUACGCAAGGCUUCAAUUAUACGAAAUCAGAAAGAUACAGCUCAUACUAAAGCUGAAAGAAACAUUUUGGAAGCUGUAAAGCAUCCUUUUAUCGUAGAUCUCAAAUAUGCGUUUCAAACUGGUGGUAAAUUAUAUCUAAUAUUGGAGUAUAUGUGUGGUGGUGAGCUAUUUCGACAUUUAAUAGAUGAAGGAAUUUUUUUAGAAGAUACUGCAUGCUUUUAUUUAUGCGAAAUUAUAUUGGCCCUGCAACAUCUCCACUUGCAAGGGAUUAUAUACAGAGAUUUAAAACCAGAGAAUAUUCUAUUGGAUGCAGAGGGUCAUAUUAAGUUAACUGAUUUUGGAUUAUGUAAAGAGCAUAUACAAGAGGGUACAGUUACACAUACAUUCUGUGGUACUAUUGAAUAUAUGGCACCUGAGAUUUUAACAAGAAGUGGACAUGGAAAAGCGGUAGACUGGUGGAGUUUGGGAAGUUUAAUGUACGAUAUGCUAACAGGAUCUCCACCAUUUACUUCAGAAAAUAGAAAGAAAACUAUUGAUAAGAUUCUGCGUGGCAAAUUGAUGCUUCCACAAUAUCUGACUCCUGAUGCUAGAGAUCUCGUUCGAAAAUUAUUAAAGAGGCAAGUCGCACAAAGGUUAGGCUCUGGUCCAUCAGAUGGUGAACAAGUAAAAGCUCACCGGUUUUUUAAGCAUAUCAGUUGGGAUGAUGUAAUAUCUCGAAAACUAGAACCACCAUUUAGACCAACAUUGGCCAGCGAAGAUGAUGUAUCACAAUUUGAUAAGACAUUCACUACUUCUGCACCAAUAGAUUCUCCAGCUGAAUGUACUUUAAGUGAAUCAGCUAAUAGGGUAUUUCAGGGUUUUACGUAUGUUGCACCAAGUGUAUUAGAAGACAUUAAUUCGCAACCACGAGUUAUAAAAGCUAGAAGUCCUCGUAAAGCGACUAUGCGAGGUUUUUCGCCUCGAACCACGCACUUCCACUUUCAUAAUGCUCAUUUACAAAGUCACAGAUUCUUCUUCUGAGACACACAAAUCUCUUCUUACAUAUACAUAAGUGCGAUAGAUCAAUGUCUCUUUGACAAUUGCAAGCAGUAUGAAUCUAGUCGCAACGGAUCGAGUCAAUCGAGACAGUCAAGACAGCCAAUCAACAUCGCGGAAAGGAAACCUCAAUUUCGAUACAAAAUAAAUUCACGAUAACACGCACUUUUUAUUAAGAUAGUUGUUUCCCAACUGUGGUAGUUAAAAUUAGAUUUUAAAUAAAAGGUUCAACAACCGAUGAAUUCUUUUAAGUAAAAGUGAAAAACAUAUUUUUAAACAUUAUUUUCUCAGAAUAGUAAAAAUCUAUAAAAUAAAUAAAAUGAUAGAAAAAGAAACAGUAUGCUGAAUUGCGUUGUAGUCGCGGAACUAUAGAUCGUGGCAACGUCGCAUCUUUAUUAGCGCUAUGCGACGCCAAGCUAUACAACGUUGCCACAUCCGUAAAGCAUGGUCGUGAACGAAAAAGCAAAAGCCAAACUUAUUUUUGCUGAUUAAUCAUACUCUAAUAAUGUACGACCAAUUUCGCUGAGACUGAAGUAUGUACUUCUGUAAGUAUUCAAUUAAUUUUGGCCAAAUUUUUGUAUUAAUCCUUAUUGUAGAUCAUUUGCAACUGACAAAUGCGCGUUUACGUGUUAUUUUUUGUAUGUCAGCGCCAUGUAAGAUAUCGAGAAAAAGAGUAAACUAUAAGCGGUAAUUUUUCGAAAAUUAUACGGUUAAUUGAACCCAUAUUUAACACACAUACGUAUUAAUACCUAAAUUAAUUUUGCUACAAGUUUCAAGAAGAUCUGUGACUUCACUGUUUUUGACCUAACUACCUUAAGGAGAUAAUUAUACGAAAGAUGAAAAGAAAAUAGAAAUGCUUCUUAUUUACGGUGAAAACGGAAAAAGUUUUACGGAAGCGCAGAGAAUAUAUGGCUUAGAGGUAUUCUGAAAAACAUAUACCCGCUUUUGAUCGUCUUAUCAAAAAAUUUCGUGAAACUAGAAGUGUUUGUUCAUAUAAAAAAAUUCGAUCUUGUUUGAAAGGUAAGAAGUUGUUAUUUUGGCUACUGCAACACACAAUCUACAUAUCAGUUCUCGACAAAUACAGAUCAAAAGAUUCUAGUAUUUCCAAGGCAGAUAUUUUACGUAUUCUUAAAGACUACUUAUUUCAUCCAUACUUAUUUCAUCCAUACCAUAUUUUCUUGCAUCAAGAACUUUAUGGAAAUGAUUUUAUUAAUCGAAUUUUGUCAGUGGGCGUUAUGACAAUUGGAGGUCAAUGAAUUCUUCAACAGAAUAUUAUUUACUGAUGAAUCAAUUUUUAUUAUUAUUUAUGAACAAGUAAAUAUAAGAAAUGUACAUUAUUGGUCCGUUGAAAAUACAAGGUAACUUUAACAAAUAGAAUGUCAAUAAAUGGAACUUUAAUGUAUGGUAUUUUACAAAAUCAAAUCAUUAACUCUUUCUUUGUUAACGGUACAUUAAAUGGCCAAAAUAUUAUUUUUCGUCCUAACAAUUCCAAUAAUUACAAUUAUUGGAAGAGGUAUGAUUAAAAACUCGUUGAUGUGGUAUCAAUAUGAUUGUUGUUCUGAUUAUAAUGUACGCAUUACACAUACAAUUUUACACGAAACGUUUCCGGAACAUUAGAUAGGAAGAGGAAGAAUACAUUCAUUGUACGUUCUCGUCCCUGAUAAACAAAAUGUCAGCAAUAUGCCGACAAAUCGCUGGCAAAAUCAAUCAUAGGAUUGCAGCAAAUUUGCAGCAUGUAUACUGCCAUUAUGCUGGCAUUAUGUCGGCAAAGCAUGCCGAAAUUACUUGAGGGCAGAGUGCUGCAAAAACCGAACAAGACGUAUCGAGCAACGUGUGACGACAAAUUUACAGCAAACAGCGAGCAAGACGUGCCGAGCAAUGUGUGACGGCAAAUUUACGGCAAACUGCGAGCAAGAUGUACCGAGCAACGCAUGACGGCAAAUUUACGGCAAAAAUCGAGCAAGAUGUGCCGGCUAUGAACAGGCCAAAACUACCCGAAUAGAAUUUGCACCUUAUGAGAAUCUAGUCAUUAUAUAAUAAAAUUGUAUCCAACAGACACAUACACAUAGUUAUUAGCUAGAGUAACUAGACAGUGAUGAACCAAUAAUGUAACGCUUUUGCGAAUAGCUAUAUGCAAUAUAUUAACUAAUAAUAAGAUAAAAGAAACAACAUAAUUAUGGUAACAAACAAAACUAGUUGCUAGGCAGUAUCACUUUUCCUAAUGAGGAUAUAAGUUACCUAAUAGUUAGACAAAAAAAUAUAACUAGUGAUGUAGUUUAUUUUCUGCAUUAGGCAUAUCUCAUCAUCAGUAGAUAGACUGUCCUAGUUAAAAUUUUUAGUUCUAUGAAAUGCUAUUUGUGUCUUAGAGAUGACACCAGUGGCUUUUAUUAUUGAACUCUUCCUAAUCAUGUAGAACGUAAGUAUCUCAGUGUAUAUUGUCUUGGAAAAAAUUCCUUGCUCACAUUGGAUUUGAACUCGAGAUCUUUGGUUCUUCAAGUCUGUCGUCCUAUGUUGCAUGAGAUUUGGCACAACUUGCUCGGCUUUUGCCGUCAAUUUGCCAUAUGUUGUUCGGCACGUCUUGUUCGAUUUUUGCCGCAAAUUUGCCGUCACGCGUUGCUCGGCACAUCUUCGCUAUUUGCUGCAAAUUUGUCAUCACACAUUGUUCGGCACGAUUUGCUCAGUUUCUGCUAUCAAUAUGCCGUUAUACUACUAAUGAUAGCUUGUCCGGUUUUUAUCAGCAGUUUGCUAUCACGCUUGCUAACAGGUCGUGUCGCAAUAUUGCAUACAUUUUGCCGACAUUACUUAAUAUAGCAAAUCGUGCUGCAAUUUUAUCGUUAUUCUGUGGAGAAAACUUGCAGCACGCUUUACCUAAAUUUGCUUUUGGCACGUUUGGCUAUCAGGGCCUAAUUUAAACUCCUCUAAAUCUUCUAAUCUUUAUCCUCUAACUCCUCUAAUUCUCUAAACUUUUGUGUGGAAAAUAUUGAAAAACAUUGUUUACAAUGAUGUACUAACUACAUAGGAGAACACGAGAGAGCGCAUUUUGGAUACAUGUACAAGUAUAAAUUCAGAAAUAAUAGAAAAGACAAGAGUAAUAUUUAUACAUCGUAUUUAAAAAAUAUAUGGAAGUAUGUAUGUCGUGAAGAACAUUAUUUUAAAGAUCUCCUUAAAUAAAUUUUUGUUAAGGAGCAUAAAUGUUCCAUUUCUUUUUUUUUAAACAUACGUAAUUUUCUAUGUUCAAGAGUAUUUAAAGGUCAUAUUGUCAUAAGUUGUUGGAUUCCUCUUAGCUAUAAAAGCCCGCAGACAUAUCAUUUUAUUAAAAAAAAAAUAUCUUGAAUUUCAAAACUCUAAAAUGACUAAAAUGUCUUUGUAGUCAUAAUUUUAUAGCCCUCUCAAACGAUGAGCUUUGUCCUCAAUUUUUUUGUAUCAUCAAAAACCAGUGAGAAAUUUAAGAUGCUUAAAUUAAGUAAACCACAAGAUGCACGAAUUAAGUGUAUAUACAAUGGCGUAUAAAGGUUUUGAGUCAAACUGUUCACUGUUUUUUAAAGAUAUAUUAUAGAAUAAUGAAUUACUCUCAAUAUUAAUUAUCUAAAAUAAUUGAAGUAAGAAUCACACGUAUAAUAACAUCAUACGUUUAAUAAAUUUUUUAAAUUAUAUUUUCUAUUGAUUUAGUUGCAUAAUAUUUACCUGCGUUCAAAAGUAUUGAGCCAUAUUUUUAUUGUGACUUUAUAAGCGCAGUUUGUUUAUAUUUUUACAUGAAACUCCUUCGUACGUAUUUGCUUCAACUUCAGUUGCUUGCCGCAGUGCCGAAAUAUACAGGGUGAAUAUUAUAUACCGGAACACCUGAAUAUCUCGAAAACAAAGCGUUGUAUAAAAAAAUGUUAAAUACAAAAGUUGUAGGGUUUAAAAAGAUCUAUUUUAUGAUA